GUAAAGAAUUGGUUUCUCCAGAUGCAUUAAACCUUUUGCAAAUUCAUACAAAUUAUGCUGCUGCUGCAUACUGUUCAAAGCAAAACUUAAGUAGUUGGACUUGUGGUUAUCGUUCUUUUGGCAACGUUACUAUUGAAAAAAUAUUCCAUGAUGAGAUUAAAGGUGCUUACGGGUACAUCGCAGUUAGUGAAGAGAAUAAGACUAUCAUUGUUGCUUUUAGAGG